GGGGCACGGGGCUGCUGGAAGGGGGCUCCCAAGGCUGGGGGUGAAUGGUGGGGCCCGAGCAGCGGGAGAGCGCGGCCGGCCGGGACACAGGCGUUGGGAAUGGUCUGUUUGGGUGCUGGGACAGGGGGAACCAGCGUGAGAGUGGGUCCCGGCUGCCCGUGCCAUUCCCUGUCACAUCUUGGCACGUCCUUGAGGUAUCCCCAUCCCGUUGUAAUGCUCGUGGUGGCUUCAUUUCCAUCAUGAGACCCUCGUGGUGCCCACGACAUGGGAAGAGGACGCUGGAAGAGAUGGAGACUUCGCUUCCAGGGUGUUCCAGCGUUGUGGGGAGGAAGGGGCCAUCUGAGCUGUCAUCUAUCCAAGGGGGUUUGCUCUUCUUAAGGAGCUGCUGCUGCCCCACAGAUGAGGUUGGAGCUGUGGAGUAUCUGCAGAUGCAGCAGCGUGCCUCGGUUGGGCGGCAGAGCCCCAGGGUGGUGCCGUACCCAGCGCGCAGCCUAUGUCCUGCAGAGCCUGCCCUUCAGACUGCAGCAGUUGUGUCCAUGGGCUCAGCUGAUCAUCGACUGAACUUAGCAGAGAUCCUUUCACAGAACUAUGGUGUACGGGAAGAGAAGGAGGAGGAAGAUGAUACUCAGGAAAAGCAGAAGUCUUUAGAAGAGCUGGAGAAGAGCUUCAGUGCCUCUCAGCUGGUGUUGUGCUCGGUGAUUGUUCCCUUCCUGAUGAAGCUUUGUCCUCCUCUCGCUCAGAGCAGUGAAAUGCCAUUUGAGGAGCUGCUUGCACUUUAUGGCUAUGAGGCAUCUGAUCCCAUCUCGGAGCAGGACAGUGAGAGCAAUGAUAUUACUCCAAAUCUCCCAGAUAUGACUCUGGAUAAGGAACAAAUAGCGAAGGAUUUGCUUUCAGGGGAAGAAGAGGAGGAGACACAGUCUUCAGCUGACGACCUGACUCCAUCCGUCACGUCGCACGAUGCAUCGGACCUGUUCCCAAACCAGCCUGGCUCAAACAACUUCCUUGCUGAUGAAGACAAAGAGCCCUGUUCAUCUCCAUGUGCUUCCUCCAUGGCUGAGGAUUCAGAGGAGGAUUCCAUCCCACCCAACGAGUGUAAGAAGGAGAUCAUGGUGGGACCUCAGUACCAAGCCACUGUUCCCAUCCUCCACUUGAACAGGCAUGGGGAAAAAGCCUAUGAGAACGAAGAUCAGCUGCUUUGGGACCCAAACAUCCUCCCUGAGAGAGACGUGGAGGAGUUCCUGUACCGCGCAGUCAAGCGGCAGUGGGACGAGCUGUCGAGCAGCAGCCUGCCAGAAGGAGAGAUGGUGAAGGACAACGAGCAGGCUUUGUACGAGCUGGUUAAAUGCAACUUCAACGCAGAAGAGGCACUGCGGAGGCUACGGUUCAACGUGAAGGUCAUCAGAGAUGAGCUUUGUGCCUGGAGCGAGGAAGAAUGUAGGAAUUUUGAGCAUGGCUUCAGGGUCCAUGGGAAAAACUUCCACCUUAUCCAGGCAAACAAGGUCCGUACCCGGUCAGUGGGCGAGUGCGUGGAGUAUUACUACAUGUGGAAAAAGUCGGAGCGUUACGACUACUUCACCCAGCAGACACGUUUAGGAAGGAAGAAGUACGUCCUCCACCCUGGAGCCACGGAUUACACCGACAAUGACUUGGAUGGGGGUGAAGUUGAAAACCCCACUCGUGCUCGGAGCUCCCCACCCAUUCCCUCUGGAACUGGCUGCCUGGAUUCCCACUUCAGUCAAGAGCAGAUAGCAAUAGAGAGCACAGAGCCCCUGAGCGUGGAGAGCACGGCCUGCAGCCUGGGCAGCAUGAGCGAGUCGGGGCAGGGCUAUGAGUGCAGCACUCCUUCCGAGACCAAUUGCUCCUUCGACCCCCCGGAGGAGCCAUCCUCAGGCCCCCCUUCGGCUCCCUGCCCGCGCCACCCCACGGCCAGCACCGAGCCGCGGCUCUUCCCUCUGCCCCCGGCAGCACCGGCCCGGGCAGAGAAGCAGGAGACGUUGCAGAGCUCUGGUGGGACGCUAAGCGUGGACUUCCCUCUCCCUGCAGACAUUAACGAGGCUUUGCCUUUAAUCGCUGGCCCUGUGGAUUUGGACAGAGAGCCAGAGGUGGCCCCUGCGCAAGUGUCCUUAUCGGUCACAGAGUUUGGCCUCAUCGGCAUCGGAGAUGUAAAUAGUUUCCUGAGUGCUCACCAGGCUUGUCCAGCUCCUGUGGCUCGGUCAGAGCCUUUGUCACAGUGAGAGGCUCCACUCACAGACUUGUCACAGGCCCAGCGAGGACUUUGACCUGACUGAGUGAAAUCCUGGAACUUCCAAUGUUCCGGAGGGACAGUUUGGAGCCGUUGGUCAGAAUCCGUCUUUCCAUCCUCCUUGAUCCAAGUGAAACCAAACACCUUUCUGCUCCAGUGUGUUCUGACACCAUCCCACAAAGCUGGUGGCUGGCUGCGGUGAGGGGGGAGCUCCGGCACCCCCUCUUGCCUUGACCAGGUGUCACCCCAGGUAAUGCCAGGCUCGGAGAGUCCCUGCCUUGGGACAGGGGAAGUGGCCUUGGCCCCAGCAGGACAGUCUGGGUGCAGAGAUGCUUUGAGAGCAGGGAUGUGUCACCGGUGCCAUGGGGACGGGGGCGCAGGAUGCGGUCUGGAGGUCCCGAGAGCUUAGGACAUGCCCAAGGGAGCACGUUCCAAGGGCCAGGCAUGGCCGUGCCAGAGGAGGACGAGGAGCCUUCGCCCUUCACCCACAGGUAGCGUGUUGCAGUGGAAUCAUCCUGCCCCAUUCCCAUCGCGGCUCCUGGCGCCCCAAUGCUGAGCUCAUCCCGCUGCCGUGUGUUCCUGCGGGGGGGAUGCAGCCGGAGCCGGCCUUUGGCAGCAGCAUCAGGUCCUGGCAGAGGGAUUCUCUAUGUGUGCUUAAGUCCUUCUUGCCUUCCCUUGCAGGGAAUUGUCCCGGGAGUAAAGGGAGUUUCUAGACCCCCAGAGCGGUGCCGCUUCGGUGCCCGGCGGUGAAUGACUUGAUCCUUGUGAGCGCUGCAGUGCAGGAGGGGAAAAUGCAGAUGGAAAGGUCUGGAACUUCCCAGCUCGUUCAGCCAUCUCAGCUAUGGGAGGAGGAGGGCACCAAGUGUAGGACCCCGGUGCCAGCAUGGAAUCCCGGGCACGAAAGAGCACCCCUGCCCCUUCCUGCAGCACAGGGAAAGCUGGUUUCCAAGAGGACAGUCCGUCUUUACUGCCAUUAGCAAUUAGGGGGGUGACAGGCUUCAAUCCACAUGUUCUCCUUCCCCUGUUUUCCACAUGGGAAUGCUGUCUGGCUGGUGCAGACCUUCCCUCCUCCGCCUGUUUUCCAUGUUUGGGAAGGGGUUGAGGUUUUCUGCUUGGUUUGAGCUGCCAUCAGUGGGUUUGGACACUGACUAAACCCAUUAACCUGCAUCCUGCUGGCCCCAGCCCUGGGAGGUGGCGCUCAGCCCUGCGGGGGGAUGACAGGAUCAUACCUUGUGGCUCCUCUUCCAAGCCCCAGGCUGGUUUCAUGUGCACUCUGAGGGGUGCUGAGCUCCAUCCAUCACCACAAGAUAACUGGGGUCAAGUGGAAGGCAAACCCAUGGAACCACAGUGGAACCACCCGGCUCUGAAUCCUCUUUCCUGGGCGAGGGAGAGGAAGCUCCAUGGAGGGAAGAGGAGCAGGACGGGAGCGGAGCAGCCCUCGAGGGAGGGCCAGGCCUCAGCCUCUCCUCUCUGCCAGCCACAAACCUCCUUAGUUUUCCCCAAUCCCUUCUUUCUUUAGUUGGUUCCCAGCCCUCAGGAGGCAGGAAUCCCUUAUUUAUGUUCUUCAGUGUUGUUUACAGAGUCGUGGGGUCCUUCGCCCCCAAGGCGCUGCUUUUCCCACCCAACUUCGAGGGAGAGGAGGGGAGGAAAGGGCUGGGCCAUGGCGGGGAGGAAGGGGGUUUCGGUGGGGUUUUCUUUCUCUUUUACAAAGCACAUUCACUUUGAGCCACUCCCGAGGCUGGACUCUUGCCCCCCAAACCCUACACUGUGAAGUGAAACUGCCUUGAAAGACCCCUCACCGCUAUUUAUUUAAUUAAACCCCUCAUUUGAAAGUGA